AUGGGUUUUUCAGCAUCAAGUGAAGUUACGAAACUUCAGCAGCAUCUAGCACUGCUUAAGGAGGAAUAUGGAAAGUUGCAAAGUCAUUGUGCUGAAGUGGAAAGGAAGUACACGCUGGCGGCUGCUUCCGCCGGUGAUUUAAGUGAAACCAGCUUUGUAGCAAGGUUGCUUAUGACUGUAUCGUCGUUAUAUGGAAGAGAGACAUAUUCUGAUAUUUCUAUUAAACUUCAAAGUAAGUCUAUGCCAGGACAUAAAUUUGUCCUGAAUGCGCGGUCGGAUGAUUGGAAUGAAGAUGCCUUGAAAAAUCAUACAGAACUUGACUGGUCAUCUUUGCCAGACGAUGUUGGUGCUGCUCUCCUUAAAUGGUUAUAUACAGACCUUGUAGAUCUCUCCCGAGGAGAAUUAUUUGCCCUUCAGUUGAUGAAAUCGGCAGCCAGCUUCAAAUUGUAUGGUCUUGUUGGAAAGUGUGAACAGGCAUUAAUUGCAUCUGUUGGUGUAAGAACUUGCGUGAAAUUUUAUUCAGCUGCAGAUGAAAUAGCAGCAACAGCUCUUAAGGAGCACUGCUCUGGUCUUAUUUCUGCACAUUGGGAUGACCUCACAGGCGAAGACUUCGCCCACAUGUCGUCAGCCCUCCUCUACCGUAUGUUGAAGAGUAAAACGCCACAACCGUUGCAUGGCGCUGUUCGGUUGUUAAGGGAAGACGUUGUAUUCUUAUGCCUCGUGGAAAACCACGCAAAUGUAAGUAGAUAUUAUAAGCAAUGUCUUUAUUGUUAUGGAGACUCGGAAAGUGAGAAUGCUGGAAGGUGA